CAAAGAAAAAGUCAACAAGUACUAUUCUUCCUUUUAAUUGCCUAAUUAGAUCUCUCUGCCACGGCUCUUUCUUUUCAAUUUCUCCUCUCUUUCGUGGAACGCCCUCACCCUUAUUAUAUCAUAACUCAGACAACCUUGUUAACUUCAUUUUCAAUCAUAUAGACUUGUUCAGUUGCUCCCUUAGUUUUAGUAUCACCACUUUAUCAUGCUCAUGGGAAACUGUUUCAGAAAGACCACCAAUAAUCCACGCCCUUCUCCCCCAGUAUCUGCGACCAGAAACUUCAGACCAGACACGAAUCUUAUAAAUUACACGUUGGAUGAGUUGAAAAGUGCGACCAGAAACUUCAGACCAGACACGGUCCUAGGCGAGGGUGGUUUUGGACGUGUUUUCAAAGGGUGGAUUGAUAAGAACACCUUCAAGCCCUCAAGAGUUGGUGUUGGAAUCCCCGUGGCUGUGAAGAAGUCUAACCCCGAUAGCCUCCAGGGUCUACAAGAAUGGCAGAGUGAAGUGCAAUUUUUGGGGAAAUUCUCUCAUCCAAACCUGGUUAAACUUAUUGGCUACUGUUGGGAGGAAAAUCACUUCCUACUCGUAUACGAAUACAUGCAAAAGGGAAGCCUUGAAAGCCACCUCUUCAGAAGUGGCCCAGAACCUCUUUCAUGGGAUAUAAGACUCAAGAUAGCCAUAGGAGCCGCCAGAGGUCUAGCUUUCUUGCACACAUCAGAAGAGUCUGUCAUCUAUAGAGACUUCAAGUCCUCUAACAUUUUGCUUGAUGGGGAUUUUAAUGCGAAACUAUCAGACUUUGGGUUGGCAAAGUUUGGCCCCGUCAAUGGAAUAUCUCACGUAACCACGCGGGUUAUGGGCACCUAUGGUUACGCAGCCCCAGAAUACAUGGCUACAGGUCAUCUCUAUGUUAAAAGUGAUGUAUAUGGAUUUGGCGUUGUUCUGCUAGAAAUGCUAACAGGUAGGGCAGCUCUAGACACAAAUCAGCCCGCGGGUAUGCAGAAUUUGGUGGAGUGCACUAUGUCAUGUCUACAUGACAAAAAGAGACUGAAAGAGAUAAUAGACCCAAGGAUGAACGAGCAAUAUUCAUUAAGGGCUGCAUUUCAAAUAGCUCAACUUGUUUUAAAAUGUUUAGAAACUGACCCAAAGAAACGACCGUCUACAAAAGAGGUUUUGGGAACCCUAGAAAAAGCUCGAGCCAUAAAAUACAAACCCAAAGGAAAGAAAGUCUGUCAAACAAGUCAGCGUCGGUCACCAUCGAUUCAUUACAACAAUGGCUACCCCAAAUCACGAACUAAUUCUCCUCCACAAUAAUACACUAUCUACCAUUUAUUUUUCAGUUACAUUGUUAGUCAAUUUCUUAAGGAUUCAAUAAGUCUUCAAUUAUACUUUAUGUGCAUAUAGGUACUUUUUUUUAGUUGUAAACUUUUAGAAUGCAUGUUCAAAUUUAUAGAAUA